AUGUCUCUGCUCUCAUUGCCACUCGAGCUCCGACAGCAUAUCGCAGGCGGUCUUGAGCCAUCCGCCUUACGGAACUUCAGCUUGACGAGCGUUGCUUGCCACGAAGCCUCACUUUUCGCUGUGUUCGAGCGAAUUUAUCUUACGGUCUAUGAGCCUGAAGACUUGCGGCGCGAUAUUAUCGCACUUCGGGAUGCUCUCUCGUAUACCAGUUCCUUCUCCUGCGUUCGGCAUAUCACCAUCAAAGGAGCUUUGAGGGGCAAGGAACUCGAGCGUUCAUCCGAACGUUGGCCUAAUGGGUCGAUUUGGACUGAUUCUCUUGACAUGGUGAGCCCACUGCUAGAUGAGGAUAAAAUCUAUUAUAGAGGCAUGUAUGUAGUACCCGAUCGGGAUGUGAUCGAGCCGUCGUCGGAUGAAGACAUAGCAUGGGCUCCGUUAGUUGACCUCCUUAACAAAGCCGAAAUCUCGCUCGAAGAUCUCGUCUUCGAUUGCCGAAGCCAAUUUCCGCCGACUUUGCUUCGACUACUACAUAAGCGACAUCCCCGGUGUAGGCUCCAUCACCUAACCUUUAACCUCCGAUCCUUACUUUGUACUACCCCUCACGCCUACGAGAUGGAGCUUGCUACAUCGCCUUGUCUCUCUACGCUUAAGGCUAUUUGUACUCCACGCGACAGUAAUGGAACGGACGAUUUUAACCUAGAGGCUGUAAUGGAGCUAGCUUCUAGUCUUGCUCCGAAUCUAAGCGAGAUCAUUGUCCUUAACCUCUCCCCAGGCGGCUCUCGUAGCUCUCGUUGGCCAAGAACUCGAAAGUCGUGGCGAAGCCUCCCAGGGUUUGUUCCUAGGAAGAAAGGACUACUAAAGUCUCUAUCGCUUAGAGGUAUUACGCGGUUGAUUGACCCUCAAGCACUAGAGGAUUGGGCCAGACAUAUCGACUUUACCUCUUUGCAACAUCUCGCUCUCGGCGGGUGGCUCAAUAAUCAUCGGGGUGGACUUACUGGCGAGACUAUGGAAUGGAUGCAGACCCAGUCAUUUCCCCGCCUUCAAACGCUCUCCGUCUAUCUUGCACGCAACGAUCUAUGGGUAGAAAGGCCUCAUUUCAGUCAUCAGGCAAUUUCGUUCUUCCGGUCUUUUAAACCUCUAAGACAACUAUCUAUCGUCGGGCCGAUAGAUUAUCAGAUCGUCGAUACUGUUUUUACCCAUCAUGGACAGUCGCUUAGGAAACUCAGCCUCCAUCCUCUCGAGGUAAUACCCUUUCAACCAAACGGUCGCGAUCCACAGGAUCUACCUUUUUACUUUACUAAGGAUUGCGUUUUACAACUACGGGAUCAGUGUCCGAAUUUAGAAGAGCUUACUAUACUAGUGAAGCGCAACAUGUCUAGAGCAUCUGAGGCCGAAUUAUACAAAUGUUUCGGCGAGAUGAAGGCACUACGAGCCCUCUCCUUCAUAUUAGAUUGCUCUAAUUGGCGGGUAACCCGAGACCCUACGUACGAGCCUGAUUUCGACGGGGAGGAUCGAGAGCCCGUAGACGCUGAAUGUCAAUGGUUAAAGAUAGGCGAUGUGAAGGAGACCUUGAUCAAUUGUGCUAUUGACGAAGCACUAGCCUGCUCAAUCUGGAAGACCAUCAGCCCGAUCAAAACCGGCAGGCCGCUGGAGCGACUUAAAUUGUGGCCGACCGAAGCGGGUGAAUACGGCACCGGCUUACGGAUGUCAUACAAGUUCAAGGGCGUCAUCCACGAGUUAGCUCGAUCAUGGCUAAUCGAGCGGGGUCCGCGGAGCGAUGAAGAAGAAGAUUUUACGGUCAAGGAAUUGCAGCUAGAAAGGCGACUCAUGUUCAGGGAAAGAGACGUCAUAUUCAUGUCCCAUCAUGAACAGCCUUGGAUUUGGGGUAUCUGCCGUUCCAUCUGGCCCUCUCGAGAUGGCACUGACGAUUCUCGAGAGGAUUGGUCGAAGUUCCGAGAUGAUUGGUCGAGUUUUCCUCUCGAAGAGCUGCCGCGUGGGUCAUAA